AAUCAUUCGCUACACAAUUUUUGCAAAAUAUGCAUGUUGCGGCGCUCGAUGACGGGGACGUAAAAUUCCCCGUCCCGCGGCCGUUCUCAAGAUUUCCCUCUUCUGCGCACAAUUGUAUAACAUGGCGUCCAGCGAGAGUAGUAGCGAUUUUCUCAGAGUGUUGGAGUAUCGUAUUUACAAGUGCUCGAGUUAUUCCUCCAAUUACGUACCCGAAAACAUCAUUGUCGAUAUACCGUCGGAUCAAUCUUCACGAUGGUCUUCUGAUAUUGACAAUCAUCCACAGUAUCUCAUUCUUAAACUGCUGAGUCCAUCUAUUGUUAAGCAAAUUACUUUCGGCAAAUAUGAAAAAACCCAUGUAUGUAACAUAAAGAAGUUCAAAAUAUUUGGUGGAUUGGAGCCAGAGAAUAUGAUGGAAAUUCUCGAAGGUGGACUUAGGAAUGAUUCUAUACCAGAAACAUUUGAUCUCAAGCACAUUUUGGGAAAGGAAGGACAAUAUUUUCCUGUAAAGUACAUCAAGGUUCUUCCUUUGCAAUCGUGGGGUCCUAGUUUCAAUUUUUCUAUAUGGCACAUCAGAUUGAAUGGUGUUAAUGAUCCAUCCGUUUUGAAACCUUGUCUUGAAUGGUUCAACACGUAUCGACAGAAGGAAUUGAUAAGAUUGUGUAUGAAGCAUUUUCGACAAAUGGAACAGCCUGAAAUCGUAGAGACUCUGCAGAGAGUCACUGGUGUGCCGUUAGAAGAUGUUCGAUUGUCGACGCUGUACGAUCUUCUGGUUACCAAAGGUGAUCACCUGCAGGCCGAGUGUUUCAUCAGUAACGCGCUUACGAUGGGGCUCUUAAGCGAUUAUAUUAAUGCUCAAACUUAUAGAGCAAUUUGGACGAAGUUAUCGUCCAGCGAGCCCAAGCCUGGAAUGCGAGGUGGUCAUCAAAUGGUACUUGAUCCGACAGCUGAGGUCCUUUAUCUGUUUGGUGGUUGGGAUGGUAACCAAGAUCUUUCUGAUUUGUGGUCUUACGAAAUUGAAGCCGGCAAGUGGACGCUGAUAUGCAAGGAUACUGAAGCAGUGGGAGGGCCGAGUGCACGUUCGUGCCACAAAAUGUGUCUAGAUCCACAGAGACGGCAGCUUUUCACAUUGGGCAGAUACUUAGACACGCAGUACCGCACAUGCGAGAAUCUAAAGAGCGACUUUUACGUCUAUGACAUCGAAUCGGACAAGUGGACACAAAUCUCGGAAGAUACAGGAAGUAUGGGCGGACCGCCGCUUGUGUUCGAUCAUCAAAUGUCGAUGGACGUAGAAAAGCGAACAAUUUAUGUGUUUGGCGGGCGAGUACUGGCUCAUCCAACGAACGCUGACGAGCACGGCUUGAUAUCGGAACCACAUUUUUCUGGACUGUAUUCCUACCAUGUACCAACCGGUACUUGGACGAGACUCGCCUGUGAUAUUGCUGAUAAACCAAGUUCGAAAGAUAUGCCAAUUUAUAGAUCCCGCGCCGGUCACUCUAUGUUAUUCCAUCCUCGAUCAAGGAAAUUGUACAUAUUCGCAGGCCAGAGAGGCAAGGAAUAUUUGAGCGACUUUUUCACUUAUGAAGUGGACACGCAACAUGUCGAGUACAUUAGCUACAACGAAUUCGGUACAGCAAAGGACUCCAAUCAUGUCCCCGCGGCUGGAUUUACGCAAAGAGCUACCAUCGAUCCCGAACUUGACGAAAUUUAUGUUCUCUCGGGUUUAAGUAAAGACAAGGACAAGAGAGACGACAACGUACAGAAUUCCUUCUGGGCUUACAAUAUUCGAAAUAGCAAAUGGUCUUGUAUAUACCGUAACGAGAAUGUUGGUGAAAAAUACUGGAGCAAAAUGCAGGAUUACGAACCGUGUCCGCGAUUUGCACAUCAGCUCGUUUAUGAUCACGUGAAGAAGAUUCACUUUUUAUUCGGGGGCAAUCCAGGCAGGUCUUGUCUUCCUAACUUGCGACUCGAUGAUUUCUGGCAGUUAGAAUUGCGCCGACCCUCGGCCGAACAAAUUCUGAACAAAUGUAAACUACUCAUUAGAAAGUAUAAAUUCAGAGAGCUCGCUUUGAGAAACAGCAUCGAAGCUCUCGAAUAUUUGCAGACAAAGAUCUUCGAAAUUAUUGAUCAUAACGAUUCUCAACAAACAAAAGAGUUCCACUUGUUGACAUCCAUUUUAUUCUGCGAACAGAGUACAUCGGUGGAGGAUAUAUCUCAUCAGAACACUAUUCUGGACGACUCCGGACGGCGCGUGAACAUACGCGACGUGCACAAUGUGCGAACAGAACUCUUCGACAAACUCGCCGAGUUCUUCCCCGAAUCAAUGACGCAACCGCGAGCAAAUCUGCUCGAUCUUUUGCCGUUGCAAUAACGCAACGAUGAGUUCUCGUGAGACCUCAACGACGUACGUCAACGGUGUUCUUCUAUGUAACUUUUUAUUCCUCUUUUGUUUCUGAUCAUUUGACAACAUUGUUUGUUUUGUUACUAUUUCUAAUCUUUAUUUUUGUUGAAUUUUAUUUUUCGUUACACGCAAUAUAAUACUAAUCAAGGGAAACUAUAGCAGUAGACUUCGGGCUCGACAGUGACAAAGGUUUAAUCUUAUAAUUCGAUUUAUUUUAUUUAGUUUUCAUUAUAACAUCUUCAAUUUUACUCUCAGAAUUUCCUGUUGUUUUUUUAUGAAUCAAUCAUUGAGACAAAGUAUUCCACACAUAUUGUUUAUAUUUUUGCACAACUUUUCACGAUUUAAUCGAAACCUUCGGGAGACGAGACUUUGCCUUGUGAUAUCAAUAAUUUUCUUACCGAAUCGACUGGUUAGUAAUACGUACAUAAGUGCUAAAAAUUGAUUUUAUAUGUAUACAGUCACACACACUUGAACUUUUUACUAACUAUACUUACAUAGCAUGGCCAUGAAGUUGUUAUUACAUUGAAACGAUAAUUGAAAAGUCGAUUCAGCGAAAGACAAGGCUAGAUGAAUGGUCACACUGUAUAACUCGCCGAGUGUUUUAUCUAUCUUGAUACCGCUCGAAAUCAGCGCUCGGUUGCUUCUGGCAGUUUGCGCGAAAAAUUUAUACUAAGGUUCGUUCCUUGUGUUCCUACAUUUUUUAGUGAAACAAAUAGUCGACCAAAAAGAAAAAACUGUGUGACCACGCAUGUAAAACUCCCUUAUUUAAUUAAUUUAUACUAACAGAUUAUAAUUAAUUUAUUUAAUUAUAAUUACCUAAUUUGAUUAAUUAU